AUGUCCUACAACGACGCCAAGAAGGGCGCUCAGCUCGACGCCCCCAAGAUCCACAAGAUCCGCAUCACCCUGACCUCGCGCAAGGUGACCGCGCUGGAGAAGGUCUGCAGCGAGCUGAUCGAGCGCGCCAAGAGCAAGGACCUUCGCGUCAAGGGCCCCGUCCGCCUGCCCACCAAGAACCUCAAGAUCACCACCCGCAAGACCCCUUGCGGUGAGGGUUCCAAGACUUGGGAUCUGUAUGAGAUGAGAAUCCACAAGCGUCUCAUUGACCUCAACGCCCCCACCGAGGUCGUCAAGCAGAUCAUCAUCAACAUCGAGGCCGGUGUCGAGGUCGAGGUUACCAUCGCCGCAUAA